CAGGAGGUGUUGAGUUGCGGGAUCCCGGACCGGGCUGGCGGCAUGGAGGCCACCUUGGAGCAGCACUUGGAGGAUACAAUGAAGAAUCCAUCCAUUGUUGGAGUCCUGUGCACAGAUUCACAAGGACUUAAUCUGGGCUGCCGUGGGACCCUGUCAGAUGAGCAUGCCGGGGUGAUAUCUGUUCUAGCCCAGCAAGCAGCUAAGCUGACCUCAGACCCCACUGAUAUCCCUGUGGUAUGUCUAGAAUCAGAUAAUGGGAACAUCAUGAUCCAGAAACACGAUGGCAUCACGGUGGCGGUGCACAAGAUGGCCUCCUGAUGGCUCAUGGCGGUUCUCCAGCAGCCUGUCGUCGGGGCUCGAUCCCGCCUGUGUAAAUUAUCUUAGACAACUACACCAGUCCCAAUAGUCAGGCCAUUUAUUUCGUGUGCAUUGGGCACUUUUCUCUUAAUUUUAGAGUAAGCUUCUUUUGGACACUCAAUGGACUGACUUAUCCAAAUAUUAGUAAGAAAGGAUCAUGUUUUGAAGCAGCAGGUCCCAGUCACUUUGUACAUAGAAUUUUCUUACAUUCAAUAAAUCUGGUCAGAGGAAA